CGUUAGUGUCCAGUCAGCGACACUCACCAUGAGUCAGGCUGAAUCACCUCGAUCUACCCCACGUCAUGUACCGGAAGGUCUAGCCUGAAGGACUCAGUAGCCACACGCUCAAUGGACUAUAAAUAAGCCACUUGGGUCUAUUUUAUUUGACAAUCACACCAUCCAUAUGUCCAAAGAUACCAUUUUCAGCUUAUCAGAGAACCCUCAUUCAACCAAAGACACAUCAUUCGCCAUGUCGACCGUUUCAAAUCCACCUGGCUCUAUAGUCUUCUACGACAUUGCUAUGCGCCCUCCAGUGGAGAAGAAUUGCUGUUCCGUAAACCCCUGGAAAACAAGACUGGCCCUGAACUUCAAAGGGGUGCCAUACUCGACCUCAUGGGUGCCAUUGCCCGACAUUGCAAAAGUCCGCAGCAGCCUCAAAGUACCACCCUGUCGCAAAUUUGCCGAUGGCAGCGACUUCUUCACCCUGCCUAUCAUCGAAGAUCACGCCACAAAUUCCUUGGUAGGCGACUCUUUCGAUAUUGCGGUCUACCUGCAAAAGACAUAUCCGGACUCGGGCGCGGGCGACCUAUUUCCCCCUCAGACGCUCGACUACGUCUUCACGCCCCCUUCUGCGAUAGCCGUACCGCUCUCAGACUGUCGCGAAGGUGAAUUUUCCGAAUAUGCCAAAUUCAAUAUGCAUGUUGAUGCAGCCUUCAGCACACAUGUGCAGCUUUCGGUUCAAUGUUUUCCAUUCGACCCUGCCACUGCCGAGAUCAGCAAAUCGGAGUUUGCGAGGCGUGCGGGCGUGUCAAGCUGGGACGACUUCUCUUUGGUUGGAGAGGCCCGAGAGAAGACAAAGGAAUCGUUUCGAAAGACCCUUGGUGAGCUGGCCAAGGUACUCCAAAAGGACACCAGUGGCCCCUUUGUACUUGGAACGAAGGCUUCCUAUGCGGACUUGAUCGUUGGUGGAUGGCUCCGGCUGAUGCGGGCUACUCUGCCGGAGAGUGAAUGGGAAGAAUUGCGAAGCUGGCAUGAUGGUAUUUUCGGGCAAUUGCAUGAUGCGUUGGAGGUUUAUGCGGAGGUUAAAUAGGGGAUUGCUUGAGGAUUCUUUGGGAGUUUAUAUUGGUUUAUUUGUCUACAUUGAGUGGCUUGUAUGGUCAAAGAAAAUUACGCAAUUCCAUUCUGUAUCAAUUCAGCUUUUUGAGUCAGGCACUAGAGCUUCUAAGCUGAUAUCUUGUGGAUUCGAUAUCAAAUAGUGGGCCUGGCCAUAGU